AACCAAACAAUCCCUAACCCCUCAAACUGAACCCCUCAUAUGUCUUCUUCGCGAAUCCCUCUCGAAGCACCAGUUCGUCGGCGUCUUUCCCACCGUCGUCGUCGUCCAUUCUCUAACAAAAUUUCCAAAAAAACGCUCAACCUAAGGCAAGUUACGGUUGGUCCAUGGUGCAACCGCAAGUGAGAUGCGGUUGGCCCAUGGUGGAACCGCAAGUGAGCUGCGGUUGCACCAUGGACCAACCGCAGCUCAUUUGCGGUUGCACCAUGGACCAACCGCAAGUGAGCUGCGAUUGGCCCAUGGUGCAACCACAAAUGAGCUACGAUUCCCUUUUUUGUUUUUUUUCCAAUUUUUUGAGUGAACUUUACCGAUUCAGAGUCGCUAGUCAUGAUCCAGACAUCAUAUCGACGAUUCCAACUCCAGAAUGACGAUGAUGGAUUCUCUCUUUUGAAUAAUGUUUUAUUUUCUUUACUAAGUGGUGUUUGUUUGCUAAAGGAAGAGUAAAGAAACUAAAAGGUUAAAUUUGUAACUUUGAUGUUUUUUAGGGUGACAUUUAGCAAUUUUAAGGGCGGCCUUUAGCAACUCCCAAAAAACAAUAUGGGGAGGAGGGAAAAUCUCUAAUCAAUAUUUAUGCAAGUGAUGUUUGUGUACAUUUUCGACUUUAUCUUAAGUUGAACUGUUGAACCAAAAUAUGUUUACAAGCAUUUCAAAUUUAUAAAUGAAUUGUAGUAUGUACGGCGUGUGCAACGGGUUGGUUCAUACCGAAUCGUACCGGGCCAAAUUGAUGUUUGGAUCGGAUCUUGCUGAAUCAAAUACAACAUGGUCGAGUCUGUGAUCCUAUGAAUAUUAUAAAUAUUGGGAAAAAAAUGGAUCGAAGUGACAUUUGGACUUGGCCAAAACGGACCAAAUACAAUGUUGGUCUGAUCUUAGUCAUUUCUUUCACUAUUGGAUCAUAGUUCUCAUUAGUUUGGUCCAAACCAAACCGUUGCACAUUCUUAGGUAAAGUAUAUUUCUUUUGCCCUAAAGUUUAAAUUCCAAUACACGAGCAUAAUUUGGACCAUGCAUAUAUGACAAAUAUAGUGUUUUCAUACCAAACGACUCAGAAACUAUCAAGAUACAAUGGGUAAAACAUGUAUGAUUAACCCGUAUCAGCCUAGCCUAAUUCAAAUAGGGAUGACAACAAAACUCGAGGUAUCAACACAUUCAAGAGUCAACUUCAUGAUUUUGCCGGGGACUCGGAGAUCUGCCUCCUCUAAGCUGCUCGUCUCCGAUUGAUCAUACGCUAGUGAAGCAAUGGAACAGAGAAAACACUAAUGGCGGGGAUGAUACAUAGCAUGGCCACAGGCAAACAGAGAUUUCUCGUGAACAACCAUGCUUAUGUGCAUUCGAGGACGGGAAACAUCCUCUCACUCCUGCAAGUUUCUGCUGGGGAUCAACUCCAACGUCGAUUGCAUCAACGACCAUCACGACGUUGGCCAACCUCUGCUCUUCUGUGGACGAGUAGCUGGAGGUGAUGCACAGUACAUGGUUGCCGAUUCACAGGCAGCAGCAGCAGCAAGCAGUAGCUUCUGAGUUUCUGUAUCUUGGUCUCCAUUUAAAUGGUAGGCUGGCAAGUCAAACGUGCACUUGGCUCAAUUGUGACUGAGAUUUUCACCACCUUUCAGAAAUGCAAUUCCCGCUUCUUUCCUUUCUCUGCCAAAAACACAUGAACUUAACAUAUCCAGGCUGCAGACACCCUUCUAAUUGGUGUCAUACAGAUCCCAGAAUCAGAACUUAAGGCGCGCAAUAUACUCCAUUGAACUACAAAAAGCAGCCUACCUGUCAGUUCGAUUGGUUAUUCAUUCAACUAUGGGAAACAAGAAAAUCAAUAGCUAUGACAUCAGCAUCCAGGAUGCAAAGAACAGGCAAGAGUAUGCUAACCUUUUUGCUAAGGAACAUGCAUUUGAUCACACCAACUCGAAAGCCAGAUCGCAUCGUGCCUUGUAGAUUGACCAACUUUGAAGUCCUCGAGGUUAGUAGGGACAUGAAAGAACACAAUUGAAAGACUGGAAUACCAUCUGUCUGUAUCAGCUGAAUUAAUCUAAAAACUAGAUGCACCAAUCACCACUACCCAUCAGCUAUGCCCAUAAGUUUUCUCAAUGUGACAGAGCGUGUUUUCCUAAUGGGAAUCAGGUGGCUCGUGAAUAGCUGAAUCAAUCCAGCAAAUUGAUACUAGGCCAAGUUAAUCAAAACUACAACCAGCAUAGCUCAUAACAAGAUUAUCCUACACAAAUGCUUUCAUUCUCUACCACACAAGUAAAGCGCCCCUUUCUCCAUAUUAGUUACUUUCAAUAUAUCUAACAAGAUUUGACAAUCAGAAUGAACCUCUGACUACUUCUUCUGCGCACGAACUCCCUAAUUUAGCACAAACCCUGAUUCUACAUUUCUGACCAUUAAUGCCAAAGGCUUGUACCAAUCCACUCAAUCACUAGUUCGGUUAACGCAGACUUCAUAACGCAUCAACCUCAAACUAUAUGAUUGCUGAGAAAUUGGGUGCACCCAUCAACUGCCAAGCAAAUAUAACUCAAGCAUGUGGAGACACUACAAGCUUCGGACUAUUGAUAAACCGCACAUCAACACCAUUGAACCAUAGGAUGAUAGGAUUGCAUAAUCUUUGACCAAACUCGGUAAAACAUCAACAAAUAGAUAAUCAAAGCAUAAGGCAAAG